AUGUUGAAGCUAUAUCGUGUUGGUAUGAAGAGGGGGAAAGUGUUGAUUGGGGGGAAGUACGAACUCGGGAAAACUUUAGGUCAAGGAACCUUUGCAAAAGUUUAUAGAGCAAGGAACCUCGAAACUAAUAAGAGUGUGGCCAUUAAAGUAAUGCACAAAGAUAUGGUUGCGAAAGAAGGACUAGUUGAAAGAGAGAUAGCUAUCAUGAGAAUGCUUAAACACCCAAACAUAGUGCAGCUAUAUGAAGUCAUAACCAUCAAAGACAAGAUCUACCUUGUCAUGGAAUAUGCGAAAGCCGGUGAGCUUUUCCACAAGAUAGCAAAAGGAAAGCUGGAUGAAGAAGAAGCAAGAAGUUACUUCCAACAGCUGAUUGCCACCGUCGACUUCUGCCACAAGAGAGGUGUUUACCACCGCGAUUUGAAGCCCGAGAAUUUGCUGCUAGAUGAAAAUGGAGUGUUGAAGGUAUCAGAUUUUGGGUUGAGUGCGCUUGCUGAAUCGAAGAGGAGAGAUGUUUUACUACAUACAAGUUGUGGCACUCCUCCUUAUAUAGCUCCCGAAGUCCUAGGCAGUAAUGCCAGUAAAGGCUACGAUGGAGCCAAAGCCGAUAUAUGGUCUUGUGGGGUGAUCUUGUAUACACUAUUGGCUGGUCAGGUUCCAUUUCGUGAUCCAAAUAUGAUAAUCAUGUUUAGAAAAAUAUGCGCAGCAGAUUAUAGAUGUCCGAGGUGGUUUUCAGAUGAAGUGAGGAGUCUUCUGUCUAGGAUCCUCAACCCAGAUCCACAUAAAAGGAUUCUUAUUUCAGAGAUAAUGGAAACUGGCUGGUUCAGAAAAGGCUCUAAAUCCAUUACGACCAUCACAGAAGUAGAAGACCCGGGUUUGUUGGGUGCUGGUGCAGGGUCUGACGAUCGUGACAACAAUGAGAGUCAAGAGCUUGCUAGACCAACCUCUUUGAACCAUUUUGAUAUGAUAUCUCUGUCAAGCGGAUUAGAUCUGUCUGGUUUGUUCAAGAUUUGCAUGGUUCGAAUUGCCAGCGUGUGUUCUUCAAAAUUUACAGCUACACUUUCAUGA